CGCGUGCUGUUGCUAGGCAGUGAACGCGCGCGUUCUAGCGAGUGAUAGUGCUGCUGGCGCCAUCUCUUUGGUUUGGCGCGCUCCAGUGUGGGAUGCAGUGUAGAGCUGUGGCAUCGGCCAGCUUCUCGUUACCGUGUCGGGAGUCGCAAGGUGUACACAGGAAAAUGAUUCCUAACGGAUCUUUAAAUUUUGAAGAUGAACAAUUUAUCGAGUCAUCUGUGGCUAAAUUAAAUGCCUUGCGUAAAAGCGGACAGUUUUGUGAUGUCAAACUACAGGUCUGCGGCCAUGAAAUGCUGGCACACAGAGCAGUUCUUGCCUGUUGCAGCCCCUUCUUAUUUGAAAUUUUCAACAGCGACAGUGAAUCUAAUGGCAUUUCCCUUGUCAGAUUUGAUGAUUUGAAUCCAGAAGCUGUUGAAGUUUUAUUAAAUUAUGCAUACACAUCUCAGCUUAAAGCUGAGACAGAUCUUGUUAAAGAUGUAUACUCUGCAGCAAAAAAACUUAAGAUUGAUCGAGUGAAACAGGUGUGUGGAGAUUACUUAAUAUCAAAAAUAGAUGCUCAGAGCGGUAUUUCUUGCCGUAAUUUUGUUAACACAAUGGGAGAUUGGCGCCUUUUAACUAAAAUUGACAAUUACAUUCAGGAGCACCUUCUUGAGAUUUCUGAGCAGGAUGAUUUUCUUAAACUCCCAAGACUGAACCUGGAAAUAAUGCUAGAAGAAAAUGUCUCGCUUCCCAGCAAUGGUAAAUUAUAUACAAAGGUAAUCAACUGGGUUCAGCGGAGCAUAUGGGAGAAUGGUGAAAAUCUGGAUGCCCUAAUGGAAGAGGUACAAACUUUGUAUUACUCAGCUGACCACAAGUUGCUUGAUGGCAGUUCUCUUGGUGAGCAUACCGAAGCACAUGAAGACAAUAUACAAUUAAUUCAGAAAAAGUCCCCACGUGAAAACAACCAUAAGAAUCUCAUUAGCAGCUCAUCUGGAUCUCUGUCUCCUAGUGCCCUGAUUCAGUGUCCAAAGCAUGAAUGGAAAAUUAUUGCAUCAGAAAAGAAAACAAAUAAUACCUAUCUGUGUUUAGCUGUGCUGAAUAGCACACUAUGCGUUAUAUUCCUGCAUGGACGAAACAGCCCGGUAAACUCUCCAUCAAGCACCCCUAGAUUGACAAAAAGUUUAAGUCUUGAAAUACAGCCUGAGGACUCUCUUGAAAGGGUCAUGUCUCCCAUGCAUUACGCUCGGUCUGGUCUAGGAACAGCAGAAUUAAAUGGCAAACUCAUUGCAGCAGGUGGCUAUAACAGAGAAGAAUGUCUGCGUACAGUUGAGUGCUAUGAUCUAGAGACAGACAUUUGGACCUUUAUUGCACCCAUGAAAACACCAAGAGCCCGUUUCCAAAUGGCAGUUCUGAUGGACCAUCUAUAUGUUGUUGGAGGAUCAAAUGGUCACUCUGAUGAUCUCAGUUGUGGAGAAAAGUAUGAUCCCAAAUCAAACAUUUGGACACCUGUUCCUGAACUAAGAAGCAACCGUUGUAAUGCUGGGGUGUGUGCUCUCAAUGGAAACUUAUAUGUUGUGGGAGGUUCAGAUCCAUAUGGCCAGAAAGGUCUUAAAAACUGUGACGUGUUUAACCCAAUAACAAGGAUGUGGACAUGUUGCGCCCAGCUAAACAUUAGAAGGCACCAGCCUGCUGUUUGUGAAUUGGGCAACAAAAUAUACAUCAUUGGAGGAGCUGAAUCUUGGAAUUGUCUUAAUUCGGUAGAAUGUUACAAUCCACAAAAUGACACCUGGACAUUGGUGGCGCCUAUGAACGUGGCUCGACGUGGUUCCGGUGUUGCUGUUUAUGAUGGAAAGCUAUUAGUGGUUGGCGGUUUUGAUGGUACCCAUGCUCUAUGUUGUGUCGAAUCAUACAACCCUGAAAGAAACGAGUGGAAGAUGGUGGGCAGUAUGACAUCUUCAAGAAGCAAUGCAGGAGUGGUAGCUGUAGGAAAUCAAAUCUAUGCUGCAGGUGGUUUUGAUGGCAAUGAAUUCUUAAAUACAGUUGAAGUUUAUAACCCUCAGACAGAUGAGUGGAGUCCAUUUACACAACUGUGCGAAUCCUAGUAAUGCUUUCUCACACUGAUGCAAUUCACAGCUUUGAUUGGACUUAAGUCCCUCAUGUUUGUUGUUGUACCAGCAACGUCCAUUUUUGCAUAUUGCAUAUUUUCAAAAAAAGUUGUAAAUACUUCUUUUUCAUUUAUUUGUAAGAAGGGAUGUCUUAAAUAACUGCUAACUUUGUAAUUGCUCUACUGUGGAAUUCUAUGAAAACCAGGGAUUUUUUUUUUCUUAUUCCGCAAGCAUUCUUGUGUAUAUGUUCGCUCUGUUCCUAUUGCACUGACGUGUAGAGUUCCAGUUACUCAGUAGUUAAAAAAUCUUACUCGGUUUUAAUUGAAUGCAAGUGAUUUUUUUUUCUUUACUAUAAAAUAAUGUGCUUAAAAGCCUUACUGAAUCAAUAUUUUUGAGUAAAGAAGUGCAGGUAUGCCAAAACACGCACCUUUUGGAUUGCCUUUUUAUUACUGUUUUAUAUACUCGGCGGCAGGCACAAUAAAUUAUCAACACUUUAUUAAUGUGCUUAUUCUUUGAGACCUUUCCCAAAGCUUUUUGAUUUUGAUAGACACAGUCCUUUUUGCUUUCAUUUAUGAGGAGAGCUGCAGUCUUUUCAAAUGCAUUUUUUACUCUCCUUAAGAAAUGUCUUGAAAUUCAGAGGCUGAAGCCAGUUGUUAAGAAAUGGAUUUGUCUGCAAAUACUCAUUUUUAGAGUCUUUGAUCAAGCUGAAUCUUUUUGUAGGUGCCCUGUAAAGGAAAACCUCCAACGAUAUUUUAUCAUCUAAAAGAAAUAAAAAGCUGCAAUAACUUUUUUUUUGUCCUUUCCUCACUUGUAAUGUACAUUAUUCUUAAAUAAAAUUGACUGUAAACAA